AAUCAAUAAUCAUCCCCUUCGGCUCACAUGUUAUAUAGUCUUCAAAGAAAUUUACCAUGAAAUCAUCAAGUGCAAAUGAGAAAAAUUCAUUAUUCGAUGAGUUCUUCUUCACUUAACAUAAUCAAAUAUAUUGGAAAAUUGAGAAUUUUCAAAAAAUGGAAUCACAAGAAGAUUCGAGAACAAGACGAGUUGUUCGUCGUUAUCAAAAUGAUCCCUCACCACCAAAUACUUUAUCUGGAUCUAAAACUCGAUCAUCGACAGUUUGUGUCGCAGUUUAUUUAAUGUCAGAUGUUGUAUUGACAAUGGAUGUUGAAAAAAAUGCCACAUCUCAACAAAUUAUUAAUAUCAUUCAAUCGGAUAGCGAGUUGGGAUUAAUGAGAUCGCCACCAAUUGCUGGACAACCGGUUUUUGCACUUUGGCUCUGUUCCUCACAAUUGGAGGUUCAAUUGAAACCUUCCCAUAGGCCUUUGGAAUUAGCGGGAAAAUGGCGAAAAUUAGUUGCUAAGCACGGAUCUCAAAGUGGAAAAGAAGACGAGGAGCCUGUACUUUAUUUUCGAAGGAAUGUUUUUUUAACAAGACACGACGAGGAACAAAUAAAAGAGCCAAAAAUUCUCGAAUUGCUUUACGCCGAAGCCAGACAUAACGUUUUAGAAGGAAGAUGUCCUUGUGAGGGUCAGGCAAGAUACGCGAGCCUAGGAGCAUUACAGGCUCGCAUUGAAUUGGGACCUUAUAAUUCACAAACGCACACAUUGGCCUUUUUUCGAAAGCACAGAGGACGAUUUCUUCCUCAUCAUUAUAAUUCGCCAAAUUUUUUAUUAGGCCUCGGUUUUGGUUUGGGUCUUGUCGGUGGUAAAGGUGCACCCGAGGCAAGACUUUUGGAACAAUAUAAAAAAAUUCCAAAUCACACGGGAAUGAAUACAAAUACACGUAAACUUAUGAGAAAAUAUUUGGAAUUUUGUUGGGGUUUACCGAGUUAUGGUGCAGCAUUUUUUCAAGGUCAAAUCGAAUGUCCAGUUCGUGGUUUAGCAUCAUGGAUUACAAAUCGUGAUCUUCCGGUUUUAAUUGCCAUUAAUACGAAUGGCGUUUAUAUUGUCGACGAUGCACAAUGUAGCCUUCUACUCGGACUGAAGUAUUCGGAAUUAAGUUGGGAAAUGGCAAAACCUUCUGAUGAGGGAAAUUCCGAUUGUUUGCCUUGUCUUUUCCUUCAGUUUUCCGUUCGGGAAAAUGGAACUCAAGUUUAUAAAAUUCUACAAGUUUUUUCUAAACAGGCAAUUAUGAUGGACACUUUAAUAUCAGGAUUCAUUGAGGAAAAUCAAAAAAUUGAAUCCAAUAAUGAAAAUCUCAAUCGAAUUCAAAAUGGAUCUAUUGUUGCAAACGUUGGAAGUUUCACGAAUAAACUCAGUAAAUUCACUCUGGCAACAUUUGAUGAUGAAGGACGCUGCAUCGGACAAAUGGGUUCCUGGUCAUUCCAAUAAAAAAUUGUAAAAACAAAAAUUCACAUUUUAAAAUAAAGAAUUUUGUAUUUAAAUUUAAAGUAAUAAAGAAAAAAAAGAAAGUAUUA